GAGCAGCACUCUGAGCCCGGGCUGCUCUGAGAAGAAGCCGCACGUCCCAUUCUCACGACACACAUAUAAAAACACACACGUGAACGAGCGCGCGUGCACGCCGGGAGCCAGCUGAACCAGUCGUUCAGCUGCUCGGGAACAUUCCUGUCAAACAGAAACUACGAGAAACACACCGGAGCUGCUUUUUAUCGCAUUUUACCGGCUGUCCGGGUAGCGUCACUCCUCCUGCCGAGCCUCUCAAACUUUUCCCGGUAAAUAGAGCGCGGAGAGGCGGGCAGCAGGAGCCGCGGCCCGGGAGUCAGCGGAGACAUGGGAGACUCUCACUGAACCCGACACGGAAACACCAUCAUGGCUGUGGACGCGGCGGCCAGUUUCAGUUUCGUCAGGCCGGCUGUGGAGUACAGAGCUCUGCCCGAGGACUUCAAGCACCAGCUGAGUCGACGCACAGGCGGGAAUCUAACCUGGCACGAUGGCCGCGGGCAGAAGUCAGCAGGAGGUCGAGCGGUGAAGCUUCUGCAGCAGCCGGGCACCGGGGCCCUGCAGUACCGCUCCAGUGAUAACUAUGGGAUUUAUCACACGAGCCCGACGCAGCCCAGCCUGAUCCGGCCCGUGGUGAUGUGGUCGCAGCAGGAUGUGUGUAAAUGGCUGAAGAAGCACUGUCCACACAACUACCUGACCUACGUGGAGGCGUUCUCUCAGCACGCCAUCACAG